AUGGCCACUCCACUCGUUCUCGCCCUAAUGGGCUUGUUCUACCUUGUAAUAGGAACUUCCUCUGAAAGAUGUACUUUUGACAAGAUAUCCCCAUCUCAGACGCUCACUUGGUGCCCUCGCAAUGAGGGGUUCUUUUGUGCAAGGCUUGAUCCCGCCCAAUCGAAUUCUUCCUUUGGAGCUUAUCAAGGCAUGAUACUUCUCAACCCUGGUGGACCUGGAGUUUCAGGCGUGGGCGAAGCUCUGGACAAUGCAUCUACCAUUCAGGCCGUGGUAGGCACCAACUGGGAUAUUGUCGGAUUCGAUCCCCGGGGCAUGUGGCUGAGCGAACCUGUAGCCGACUGCUCAGCCAAUAUCACUUCAGACCAGGUUAUCACAUUGAGGUCCAAAACCGUUCCGAGAGUAACUGAUGACUUCUAUAACAGCUUCAUCCAAUUCGGCAAGGACUUGGGUGGGCGAUGUGAGAAGACCACUGGAGGAGAGAAGGAUGCUGGCCCACAUAUGUCUACCGCAACCACUGCAAGGGACAUGCUCAGCAUUGUCAACGCAUUCGCAGAGACAGAAGAUGGCGAAAGAGCCGCCAAACCGAAUCACCUUUUACACUUCUACCGAGUCAGCUACGGAACUUUUCUCAGUCAAACGUUCGCUUCCAUGUUUCCAGAAAGUGUGGGCAACGUGGUCUUGGAUGGCGUUAUGAGUCCAGAGAGCUACUUGACCAACUACACCUCCGAAAGCGUCAACCACCUUGAUGGAAUCAUCGCUGCCUUCUUCAUCUACUGCCACAAGGCUGGGCCGGCGGACUGUUCGUACUAUACUGGAUCAACCCCAAAGGACAUCUAUGAGCGGUUCAACCGGUCGUUCGUACAGCUUGAUCCGCGGAAAGCGGAAGCUGAUAAUUGGUCGAACGCUACAGAUCUUGAGACCGCAUUACUAGUCUUGAAAGUAGGACUUUUGAGCACAGCGAACGAGCCCUUCUCGUAUUUCGGCUUAUUACCCCAAACCCUGGUGGAUCUCGAGAGUGCCCUUUCAACACAGCAUAUCAGCCCCUGGGCAGAACAAGCCAUGACAAUAUUUGGUGACCCCAGAACGGCUGGCUAUGAGCACCCGGAAUGGAGUCUCGCUGUUCUGUGCUCUGACCAGAACAAUACACCUCAGCUCGAAGAGAUUGAGCACCAAAGUAUCAUCGGGGAAAUAUGGAUCAAGUCAGCACUGGGAUGUACCGGUUGGCCCAUCAAAGCUACCGAGAUUUUCACUGGGCCAUUUGGCGGCGAUACAGCAAUUCCCAUACUCUUUGUCGGCAACACACACGACCCGGUGACACCUAUUGAUAACGCACUCUCGUCGGCACCACACUACCCAAAUUCUCAGGUACUCACGGUAGAUGGAAUGGGCCAUACAACCAUCGCUACAAGGAACACCUGCGGCUUGUCCAAAAUAAGCGCCUACUUCCAGACUGGCAAGCUGCCCGGCAACAAAUCUUUCUGCCCACUUGAACAAGGCCCUUUUGGUAUCGUCCUGAACGGAACUUUGAAGGAGAAUAUCAUACGGGCUGGGUUUUCGGGUCUUGUGGAUUGA